UCCUCGGUUAUGGCUUCGUCCCCAAGCUCCCAGCUAUUGUUCUCAUGUGGUGACUCUCGACGGUCUUCAUCCCCCAUCGCCACCACCUCAGAUCGUGUGCGCCGGGCGACGAGCUGGUCCAUCAUCUUCCAUCUCUCGGUCAUGCAUUAGUCUCUGUAUCGCGCUUUGUCUGACUCGAUUUGGUAUCCUGUCGCGAUUUUUCGUUGAGGUUUUGGGCCACCACUUCCGCCGUGUCAUUGCGCACUCGCUGGCCCCGGCUUCAAUCUGUGGUUCUUGGACGCUCGGUGAAUUCGCUCGAGGUGCUGGUCGAUGUUGUCCGUCUUUUGCGUCAGGUCAGCAUGUUUCUGCCCAUGUAAUGGUGACGUGUUCGUGUCGUCAACUUGAAGAAGGCUGGCUUUUGAUUUGAAGAUUUGAUGAAUAUGGCAUUAGUGUCUGCCUCUAAGAACCGAUUUGUUGGUUUCUCUUGGUUGAUGAUCUUUAUUUCAAGCGCUCGCACCGAACCUUAGCGCAGGCGUGUGCGUUUAUGGGGACAGGUUGAUGUGCAUCGUGGUGGUUUUGAAGCCUCCUUGAACCACCUCUCAAUCUCAAAGACUUGCAUAUCUUUGAACUCUUUCAUGGUAGUUUUUGCUGUCUCUGGCGUGGUGGAGCUUUAGGGUUUAGUGCAUUCAAGCCUACUUCGACGGCCACGCGAUCUUAGUAGAGUCGCCGAAAGACGAGGCUAAUAGGAGCUUUGUAGGAGCUCUUUGUAACAAUAGAUGAUCCGGCUCGUUUCUGCUGGGCUACGUCAACUUGUUUCUUGAGGCAGGGCGGCUGUGACUGGUAUUUAACAUUGGGUGAUUUAUCAGCUUCGGCGAUCACUCUUUUCUUUGUACCCACUUCUUGGAAUUCGAGAUAUUUCACGACUCCUGGACUUGAAGCAUUAGAUUGUAGAGUUCUUGAACUCAGGAGACUCAUUGUUCUCUUCGGCACUUGUACCAGAUUUUGGGAGUUCUCGAAGCAGUUUUACUGCUUAAAUUUAUCCGGGAUCAGGGCGGUUACAUAUUCCAUAGCAAAUCAGUUUUUAGAUUUUAAAGAAAAAUUUAAAAUCGUCAAUUUUGAAUCGUUUUACCUGGAAAGUGGUGACGAAUAGGGCAUAAUUUGGAAUCAAUAUGGAAGACUUCGAGAAAGCAGUUUUGUUCAGUUUCGAUCAGUCUGGGGCUGUGAGUGAUGAAUUGAAGGCCCAAGCAGCAGCUUAUUGUGAGCAGGUCAAGCAAGCCCCCAACAUUAUUGAAGCAUGUUUAGAAAAAAUACGGAUAUCUCAGUACGCUGAGGUUCAAUUCUGGUGUCUUAAGACACUUGAGGAAGUAAUGCAGCAGCGGUACAAGACGUUGGAUUCUCAAAAACGACUUUUUAUCCGGUCUUCUCUGAUGUUGGCUUUUUGCAAUUUUAAUCUGGAUGACGCUUCGAUUACUGAUUCUGCAAUCCCACUGUCAUCUCGCCCGGUAUUUAUUAGAAAUAAGCUUGCCCAGCUGAUCGUCAUCCUUAUUUAUCUUGAGUAUCCUGCCGAGUGGCCUUCAGCUUUUCUCGACAUGCUCGGGUCUCUCAGCAAAGGACCUGUGGUUGUGGACAUGUUCAUUCGUGUACUGAACGCACUGGACGAGGAAGUCAUUAGUUUCGAUUUUCCAAGGACGGAAGAAGAGGCUGCUGCCGCAACUCGGAUCAAAGAUGCAAUGAGACAGCAGUGCAUAUCUCAAGUUGUGGCUGCUUGGUACAAUUUAAUUGUGAUGUACAAGGGUCAGUCACCUCAAUUAGCCGCUCAGGUAUUGGAAAUGAUGCAGAAGUAUGUUGCAUGGAUCGACAUUGGUUUGGUCGCCAACGACAGUUUCGUUCCUUUGCUUUUUGAAUUCCUCGUCUCAUCCCACGAGUAUCCUCAGCUUCGAGGGGCAGCUGCAGAGUGCCUUCUAGCAAUCGUAUCAAAAAGGAUGGACGCUCCUUCCAAACUCGCUCUUCUUCAACAAUUACAGGCAGGGAAGGCUUGUAGCACAAUCAUGGAAGAGCAGGAACCUGAAUUUGCCUUAAAGCUGACAGCUUUGCUGACGGGAAUUGCCACGGAGGUCCUUGAAUGCAGCAAGAGAAUAGAAGUAAACGGAGCCUGUGAACAAUCGCUGGCUUUGGCAGAGUUGGUUACUGUCAUGCUCGACGAGGUUCUACCCCCUGUGUUUUACUUUAUGCAGAAUGGAGAUGAAGAUAUGUCUACUACUACGUUCCAGUUCUUGAAUUCAUAUGUGACUCGAAUGAAGAACUCUAAACCAAUUAAUGGAAAGCAGGCUACCCACCUAGGUCAGAUCCUUGCUGUCGUCUUCACUCGCAUGCGGUAUGAUCCAUCAUACAAGGAUUCGAUAGAUGAGCCCGACAAGUCCGGAUUGGAAGAGGAGGAGCGGAUGGCUGAAUAUCGAAAGGAAAUUAUGGGUUUGUUUAGAUCUAUCAAUCGUGUGGCUCCUGAAGUGACGAAAACCUUUGUAGAAAGUACGUUAGCAAGGAUACUUCAGGAUUCUAGUGCUGAAUUCGAAGACGUUGAGGCUGCCAUAGUCCUUCUCCGCGUGCUAGGUGAAGGUGUAACUGAGGAAUCCAUGAAACCUGAAAAUAGGGGACCUCUUCGGGAGAUGGUUGGGGCCUUUCUAUCAAUGUCUAUUCCUUGUCAUUCUCAUCGACUUAUCGCAAUACUUUAUCUAGAGACGGUUACAAGAUACGUAAAGUUCGUUCAGUAUCAUCCUGAGUACAUACCUCGUGUUUUAUCAGCCUUUUUGGAUGCUAGGGGCAUGCAUCAUCCUAACCCUCAAGUAAGCAGUCGGGCAAGUUAUCUCUUUAUGCGUUUUGUUAAGGUUUUACGUAUUCAACUGGUUCCAUAUCUGGAGAAUAUUUUACAGAGCUUGGAGGAUUUAUUGUCCAGUGUUACAUUACCCAAACCACUGCUGAAGAAGGAUGCUGAUGAAAGAAGUUAUAUGUUUGAGGCAGUAGGUUUGUUGAUCGGUAUGGAAGACCUUGCUGUCGAAAAGCAAGCAACAUUUUUGUCAGCUCUCCUGGUUCCUCUUUGUGGGCAAGUGGAGGCGAUGUUAUCCAGAGAUGAAGUAAAAGGAGAUCCCAUAGGGCCUACUCCAAUCACUAUGGCUUUACAGCAAAUUAUUAUGGCGAUUAGCUACCUUGGCAAGGGUUUUGGAGAGCACCUCGCUACUAACGGAAGACCAGUUAUUGGUAAUAUGUUUAAGCAGACUCUUGAUGUUGUCCUUCGGGUUAUUCCAGUGUUUCCCCAAAACAAGGUGUUGCGAAGCAAGGUCACUUCCUUUCUUCAUCAAAUGGUAGAAACAUUAGGUGGUGCGGUCUUGCCAGCUCUUCCAACUAUCAUUCAGCAGCUGCUUACUGAUUGUGAGCCCAAAGACCUUGUGGAGUUCAUACAGCUAAUCAACCAGCUUAUCAACAAAUUCAAAGUCGGAAUGAUGGACAUUCUUCAAGAGAUUUUUCCUGUCAUUGUCGGCCGCGUCUUUGCCAUCCUCCCGCAAGACGGUUUUUCUGAAGGGCCUGGAAGUCUCACAGAGGAAGUGCGGGAGUUACUAGAUUUGCAGAGAAACUACUUUUUGUUAAUUCAUGCAAUGACAACCCAGGAACUUUCUCCGGUUAUGCUUUCUCAAAAGAGUAGUCCAUUACUUCAGAACAUUAUUGGUUUACUGUUGGAUGCCUCGUGCAAUCACAAAGAUGUGCUCGUAAGAAAGAUAUGUGUCCAAGUCUUCAACAAACUCAUUGCAGACUGGUGCGUGGCUAGUCCAGAAGAGGAGAAGCUAACUUCCUACUUCCAGGUGCCUGGUUUUCGCCAAUUUUUGGUGGAGAGAUUUGCAGCAGAAUGUUGCAUCUACAAAGUUUCGGAACCUUCCUUCAAUUUUCGAGAUGCGAAUACUGUUGCUUUAUUUGGUGAAAUAGUAACAGCUCAAAAGCUUUUGUAUGAGAAAUGUGGCAAUGAUUUGCUGAUGCAUUUGGCAACCAAAGUUUUGCCUGCCGUGCAUUGCCCUCCAAAUUUAGCUGAACAAUUCUGCCUACAUAUUCAGAGAUCUGACGUGAAGGAGCUCAAACCAUUGUAUAAGUCUUUUAUAGAGAAGCUGAGACCACAACAACAGCAGAAUGGUCACGCUUGGAGCAGAUAGCAGGAGAUGCUUAUUAUAAUGUUGUGUGCAAGUAACAGUUUCUUGUUGGGCGAUGAAGCCAAUAAUUGCGUUCUGCAUCUCAAAGUUUGCUUAUUUAUGAAUGACCAAGUUGAUGAAAGGGAUGAGAUAUGUCUGCUUCAUAACAUGCAUAUGGUCAUGGUCAGGACCUUGUGCUUGCUUGCACUUUACAGAAAAGAUGAGCACCGCUGAUGAGACGCUGGCAGACAGUUUGACAUCCAAUGGAGAGCUUGCCAUUGUGGAGGAGUGAAAGUGAGCAAAUCCCCUAUAUUUUUGUUAGGAAUCGAGUUUUGUUUGUAGUAAGACCCACUAUCGUAGAUUGCAUGCCAGUGAGCUGCAGAAACAUAAUUCAUACGUUGUAACGGAAUUUACCAUUGUCACCCAGAAUGUUUAGUCUUCUUGUACCCGUGCUAAUUAUAGUGAAGUUUUUGGAGAGGUUUUGCCAAGUUAGUCAUCAAAUGAGCUAUGUUGUUCCUCUUUGAACAGCAGAUUCUUCCUGUAGAACUAUCUCAGUCCAUGUGUUUGAAAAAGAGGGUGCUUAUUAAUGAAAAAUGCUAACACCAAAGGUGGUAGACGUGUUCUCAGAUAA